UUUGGAGACGCUGUAGAAACUAGGCAUGAGGCCGGUUCAGGAGAUGAGACUUCCGUCACAUUAAUUGAGUGGUAGUGUCAUCUGUAAUAAAGGCUGCGAGGAGAUUUGAUUCUGGUUUUGAAAUGAAAAGUGGUCUGGGCAGAAUAACUAGGGAGUGAUUGUUUUCAUUGGUGAAAGGUUAUUAACCUGAGGAGACUGAUUUAAUAUGAUUGGUAAAAGAGAUGACAGUAUGAGGGAAAAGCCAUUUCACGCAUCACGGGAGCGUGUGGUAAUGGGGGAUUCAAUAUUUGUUUUCAAAAUGAAAUUGAAUAAUGGCCCAACAGGAAGAAAAAGUGCAGGACGAUAUGGCCAAAGGAUGGAGACUGGGACUGGAUGUGUCAAUCUUACAAUGAGCUACUCCGCAUAUGACAGGCCGAACUGCCAGGUUCUACAUUGCAACCAUUCAGUUAUUUUCUCGGAAAGGAAGCUACCUCCCCCACCCGAUCUACGCUCCAAUCCUUAACAUGUCAGUCGAUCAAACGUCCAGAAGUAGAAUUUCACGUUAGUAAAAAAUUUUACAAAUUACACUUAGAGCAACUAAUUAAGGUGUAAAUCGCUGAAUGAGGUUGAGAUCAUCCUAUUGCUCGCAUAGAAUGCAGAAUCAACUUUAAUUCGAAUAAUCUGCCAUUUCUAAUUUUAUGUUUGCGAGCGCCACAAACACUAGAAACGUUAGACUGUAAACACCCGCGAAUGUAGUCAAUGGUCUGACAUUAUUCAGCAAUGGGGACAUAAGAAUUGUUAAGCGGUCAGCUUUGCCUUCAUCGCGAUCAGUUGCUGAUUAAUAACGAGCACUGGCAUCAUGUGCAGCGUUUUCCAAACCCAACCACGUUUCUCAACCCGGGGCUCGGUUUGAAAUGCAGUCGGUGUGGGUUUCUAACGGCUGCGCAGUGUUGCAUUUGUGUCGCGUCGCUGUCAUUGGAUGGAGUGUACAAAGGGUUUUUUUUGUGGCUCGAGUGUUUCUCUCUCUCUCUUCCGUUAAAGCGCCAUCUGGAAAAAAAAGGACGGAAACAACACCGGGGAGCAACUGUGUAGCCUGCCCGUCAAAACAAAUUCACAAUGUCGGACCCAAACGAUUCGUAUCUGAGAGUUAAAGUCGAAGAUGAUACAGAAGCUGUGAUAUUUAAUGGAGCAGAAGUGAUGGACAUUCCAAAUGGUUCAUCGUCCCUUACUACUGAAGACCUUUCACAAGCAAGCAACCAAAAAAGAUACCUAACUGCUGUAGUUUAUGUACAGAAAUCCGGAGCAGAAGGCUCAGCUAAUGCUCCGCGUGUGAGUAACAAUGAAACAACAGGAAAUUCAUCACAGGAGUGUCUGCCAAACAGAAAUGCCGUUUCACCUGGAGCCAUGUCACAUGAGGCUCGACAUAGGGCCGGUGAAUACACUUAUACGUACAGACCCAAAAGAAGGAAAAUUGCGAUCCAUAAUGCACCUCCGAUCAGAACCAGAGACACUGGAGAAUAUGUGGACUAUGAAGAAAAUGGCGACUUUGUUUAUGACUACAGUGCUGACUAUGAAUGUGCCAGUGAUAUGUCAGAAGGUUCCUAUGUUACCGAUCAGCAGAGGACACUGGUGGAGAUUCUUAAUUACUGCCAGGUAAUGUAUGCUGCUAUCCAGAGACUGGAUAAGAAAUUUGAUGUUUUGCAUCGUAGAGUCACAGAGAUGCACCAGGGGAGAAUGAAACCAAUGUUUUUCAAACCGAGACUGACGACUGUAUCCUAUGGAAACACCCACCAGAUGCCGCUCACCAAAAUGAAAGUACAGAAGCCCGUGGAGAGGGAGGUGAGGAUCAGGAUGCCACCACCGGAUGCAGGGUCCCACCCUUCCCCGGUCAUGAUACGAGUAGAGAAAGAGCCAGUGGCGGUUCCAAUUCCAAGCAAUCCCGUACGAUCCUCGCCUCAGCCGCAAAUAGUGUACAGCAGUGCAAGAAGAGCAAGCCCUCCUCUGCCCACAAUUCACUCUGUCCAGUCUUUAAAAGAAGCUCCAGUACAGUGCUCUGGAACAGUUAUUGGCAUUUCUGACUUUGCCCAAGGGAAGGCUCCUGCUGAGCAAGACAACAGGGUACCUACUUCUUCAGAAGCCAGUGAUGUAGUGCAACCCACCCGAAGACCAUUUCUGGAUAGUUGUACUUCCCAAGAAAGAGAGGCGUUCAGUAAUGUAAAAACUGCAGACAGUCCUGCAGAGCAAACCAGCUUUUCCCAGCCUGAAGUUCCUUCAUCCUCGUCCACAGAUACAAUGAGUUUAGAGUAUCUGGGUGACCCCAGGCGAAAUAUAAAGGUGCCUGCAGCCUUCUUAAUGAAGGCACGACAGAAGACCAAGCCAAAGUAUGUAGCACGUUACCUCGUCCGGAUGAUGUUCCCAAAGGACACCCUGAUGUAUAGUAACAUGCAAGGUGACAAAACUAGAGGAAUCAAACCACUGGAUCCUAAUAGGAUUGCAGCUUUGCGAGAGUUCCUUUGUUCAAUUUUCCCCACAUACGAUUUGAGCGAGGAAGGCAAAGACUGGAAGAUUUGUGUGUCUAAUGUAAAUUCCAUGAUACGCAGUCUACGUUAUGAAAUCCAGAAAGAAGCAGACCUCACCAGUGAUAAUGGAAAAGUUUCAGCUCCGGAAGGAACAAUGGUAUGUGUCAAUCUGGAUUCCGAUGGUGAGGAUGAGUCUGUCCCUUUCCAAAAACCUGAAGAAGCCAAAGCAACUACUGAGACAUUGCGACAGGAAUGGCAACAGCAAGACACCCCGACAGCGCUUGAGAACGGUGAACAGAAAGCUUUUGAACCAAAAGAAAUGGCUCUCCAUUUGGCUUUUCUUUGUCUCUAUUCCCCAGCAGAGAGCCUCGGUAACCCAGCGCGGCAAGUUCAGCUCCCAUACUCCGCUGUCUACGUCGCAAAGCAGAAAACCAGACCAGAGCUGGCAGCCCGUUACCUAGUUCGACAUUUGUUUCCUGAGGAGGUGCUUGUGAGAAGCAAUGUGUAUGGAAACCUAGACCGGGGAAUAGCUCCUUUAGACUGCAACAAAAUCAGCGCUGUCCGAGAAUUUCUUGAGGAAGUCUAUCCAGUAUUUGAUUUGGGUGAGAAUGGGCGUGACUGGAAAGCCUGUGUGGCUGCUAUAAAUAGUUCCAUUCGCAGCAUAAGACAUGACCUCAGGAAGUCCCUGCCUGGCUAUUACAAGAAACAGCACCCUCAGUAUUUUGCAAUGUACUGCAAGAAACAGUCAGAGAAUCAUGGCAACAAAAUCAGCACUCCUCAGAACAACAAUCCCCAAGAGAACUUCAAUGGAGACACAAACAUCCUCUGAGCACUGUUUCAGAAGAGCUGAAAUGCUGGAAAUGAAAUAGCAGUUGUGCUCCAUAUAAUUUUCAAGAGCAUAUGGACUUGUUUAUGAUGUUCUCUUAAUGGCACACUCUAUUAUUCACCAUGAGAGAUCCUGAGUAUAAGUCCGGAUACACUUUAAUGCCAUAGUUCUAUUUUUGUGCGUGCUCAAGUUUGCGUUUGUGCAAUACUGAAAUGUAUGAAUUGCAGAAUAGUUAAAAUUGGAAACAUGAUUUUAUUAUAACGAGUAGCAAAAAACUCGUGCAAGUGGAAUGGAAUAUUUGAAAUGACUUUGCAAACUGAUGAGACUUAGCUGCUGAAAUUUCCUUAUGGAUAUUAUUUAUAGAGAGAGAUGUAUCCUGUAUUUUUGGGAUAAUUGUGUGAUGCCAAUGUGAUACAUGCAUGAGGUUGCUUGAUCUUUGAUUUUACUUAUUUUGCUUUUUAUUGAAUAUAUUUUCUGUUUUGAAUAUGUCCUUCAACCAAGCUGCCCCUUUUCAGCCAUCUUCCCCACUAUUGGAGUCAAAUGAAAGGACACUGGCCUUAAAUUAUUUUCAUCUCCCAAGAUUGAAUAUUUCAUGUUGAUUAACAAUUUAGGUUGUGCUGGAGCCCUAUGAAUUUGGGGUUUGAAUUUGUUAACCUCAGAUUGUGAAGUCUGCAAAUGCAAAGUAAUGAGUAAACUUAGAAUCCCUACAGUGUGGAAACAGGCCAUUUGGCCCAACAAGUCCACACCGAUCCUCUGAAGAGUAAUUCAC